AAAUAUAUUUUGUAAUAGUUGGAUUAACUGCAAUAGUUUCUCUGAAAAUCUAGGAUCUAUCUGGGUAACUGCCCACAAUUAGUUUAAUAAGUUUAUCACUGAAGUUACAUUAUCCUGGUAUUCAUGCUUCACCUGCUAAUUCUCUUUCAUAUUCAGUUUAGUUAGAUGAUGAAUUGUAUCUUUUGUUUAAGAAAAUUUACAGUCACUUGUUUUCUAAUUUAUUGUGUAAUAACAAAUUCAUCUGUAUCCAAAUGUGAUGCAACUAUCCAAUCUUCUUACGAUGCUAAGGUUGGGGUCUCCCGUGAGGUCAUGGCUGGCCGGCAGCUAUACGUGUAUAAAGCAUACAAAGACAUGCAUAUUUUUCACUUCAGUGUCCCUCCUCUGACAUCAAAUGUCACCUUCAUCUUCACUGCUAAUGACACAGAAGCAUGUAGCCCCAGGAAUGUUUCUAUGUACAUAACACAAGGCAGUUACCCUGUUGUUGCUGUCAAUGGUGAAGAAUUCCCAGCAAACUUGUGGGUGGAUCGAGGGGUGAAGGUGUACCCUGUGGAGCUCAGCUCCAACAGUGUACCGGUGUCACUGACCAUCAUCUCUCCCGUGCCUGGGAGCUGGUUCAUGGCGGGGGCUGUCACUGAGGACAGCAAUAGAAUCACUCAAGCAGGCCUGGUGCCAUCUUGCCAGUCAUGGGUACGAGUGGAGGCGGAGUACCAUCAGGAUGUGGUGGUGACAAACGUCAUGCCUACCGUGGUGGGUGAGGCCCUCCAGCCACCCAUUCCUGGUGACAUCACCCAUGAUACUUACUACAGGUUCUAUGUUGGUCCAUAUGGCUUCUCUGCCUCAGUCUUUAUCUCAAAGUGCUCCGCAUAUCUCGGACCUGAAUCAGAGCAGCUGAGAGCAGAUGGCAGCUGUCCUUUGAUGGUGGAACUUACUCCACUGGCCCUCUCUCACCACUCAUCCAACCACUCAGUAGUGGUGAAUUGCACGGAGAGUGCAGAGUUACUGGUGAACAAGCUGAGUAAUGAUGAAGCAGCACUCAACUUUACUCUGCAGGAUGACGAAUCAAAACUCAACUCUAACCUGCAGAGAAGUGAUGACACUGCAUUAAAUUCUACCCUAUACGGUGAUGAAGCAGCAAUAAACUCAUCACUAUAUUAUGAUGACCCAGUGGUGAAUUUUGAAUUGCUAGACGAUGAUGACGACGAAAACAAGACGACGACGUGCGAGGUGCCAGGCGUGGUCAUGGAGGACGCUUGGCACUACGUUAGGAUCGUGCCACUAGCGCCGCGUGUCACUUAUGAACUGUCAGUGGCACUGACAGUGUGCGGGCGGUGUCACCCUGAUAAUCAGCUAAAUCCUUCAUCAGCAAGCGACCCACUGUUGCAAACCGUCAGCCAUCUUUUCAAUGUCAGCUUCAGUGACCUGAAUGACACUGUCAGCAGUGCGGUAGAUAGAAAUUACACUGAUUAUGCAGAAAUUAGUAAUAUAAUAAAGCAUGCUGAUAAUAACAGUGCUGUGGACAGCAUUAUCGCUAACCGCGCUGAAAAAAUCAGUCAAUCUUCUGGCAGACAGAUGCAAACUUUACUGGAAGCAAUGAAUAACCCAAGCAGCAAUUCGACUAAUUAUAUUAUACAUGAAGUCGAUAAAAAUAAUGUCACAACUGAGCAAUUGUUAAGUUUAGCUUUUGAUUCAGGAAACCUCACUCUGCAGAGAGAAGUGGAAUACUUGAAUGAAGUGGACAGCAAUCUGGCGGACGACUUGGUUCUUUUAUAUGAUAAUACAUCAAGACUGAACAGCACAUUUACCGAGAACAUCACAUAUUCUGAGAGUGAUGGCAAUAAUAAUGUCUCAGAUUUGAACAAGUCUCCAGAGGGAUGUUGGAACCGACAUGACCUCGUCCGUAAAUCAUUCUCGGACAACCUUGUCUUCGAGUACGAUCUCUCCCCCAACAUUAAUGGUUCUGUUCCACUGAUGGUGAACGUAAGCACCACGACACCCACGCUCCUUGUCUUCAGCCUCACGCCUUUCUUGGACCUAGGAGGCACUCUGAGCGUGGAGCUUGCCUUAUACCCUUUCCUGAACACCUCCUCUCAUCAGUACAGACUGUCAGGAUGUCUGACGUCGGGACUCCGAGAGAUGCCCCAACAUUACACACCCUGUAGCAGAGGCUAUACUUUCCACCUGAACACCUCCAGUGGUGGAAGUGGAGGAUCUUUGGAUAAUGUUGCCAAAUCGGUGUUUGUGCCUUACCCUGACCCUGGUCCUUGGUAUUUAUCUCUCACUACCGCGUGCUAUGUCCACAAAAACACCACCGUCGCAUCCAAGGGAGAUAUUUUCUCUAACACUAACUCAUCUACGAAUGAAAGUAACAACUUCACCGCACUUUCUCAUGGUGCUACCAAUACUUCUGAUGGUACUACCAAUACUUCUGAUGGUGCUACCAGUACUUCUGAUGGUACUACCAGUCCUACACACAGUACUGCAAGCAUGGUAUCAGAGGUACCAUGCUCGUCCCCUGAAGUCACCACCAUCUUCAGCGUGUCGUCGUCGGCGUGUAUACAGGGGAAGUGUGGACGUUAUGGGGCGUGUUACCAAUACGUAUACUCCGGUUUCAUCUUCUCGACAUGUGUCUGUGAAGCAGGUUACAAAGGCUGGACGUGUUCUGACGCCAGCGAUGCCACGCCUGACGGACUGCUGCUGCUGGCGACGCUACUGCUGACUCUCUCAAAUCUGGCAUUUGUGCCAGCCGUGCUACUGGCAAUCUACCGGCACCACUACACCGAGGGACUCGUCUACUGCUUCACUAUGUGCUUUUCUACCUUCUAUCACGCCUGUGACCAGCAGGUCUACAGCUGGUGCAUCAUGCGGGCCAGUGUGCUGCAGUUCUGCGAUUUCUACUCGGCGAUCCUGGCGUUCUGGGUGACACUGAUCGCCAUGGCAGAGCUGCCGUUCACCCUGUACAGCGUACUGCACAUGACGGGGGCCAUCAUGGUCGCCAUGGGUGUCGAGUAUGACCGUACAGGGCUGUGGGUGUUCGCUGUACCCGCCAUCUCCGCCUUCAUCGUCAUGGCGGUCUCGUGGGGGAUGCACACCCGUAGGGGAGGCACCUGCUACCCGCCCACGCGGUACUGGUUGUGCUGUCUGCUGCCUGGCACGCUGCUCGCCGCUACAGGGCUGAUCUGCUACGCAUUCCUUGAGACGCACGAUAACUACCAGUACGUCCACUCAGCCUGGCACGUGACCAUGGCACUGUCCAUCCUGUGCCUGCUGCCACCCAGACGUCCCUGCCACGCAGCUCCCUCUAACCUGCUCCCAGAGGCUCCCCACUUCCUUAUAUCUGCAGAGGAUGACAGCCCAACCCUGCUUGCUCUGCGAUCCUUCCCCGGCGACAAGCUGCUCGUGUCAGACGGCAGUGACAGCGCUGAUCAAGUCUUGAACGGUUCUCUAGUACUGUGAUGCCGGUUCGUCUCUUGAACCGAUCUUGUGAACCGUCCCCAGUCGUCUGGUCGCGUCUACUUUGAAUGCUAAUUUAUUCUCUGAACCAAACUUGUGAACCAUUCCUACCUGUCUUAUGUUGGCUCGUCAUACGAACCUAACCAUUUCUUAGUGUGAAUUUUUUUUAAUCCGAAAAAAUCUUUCUUCGAUAGUCUAAUAAUAUAAUUAUAUAGGUAUAUGAUAUGUCAGCACUAUAUUAAAUUUCUGUAUUUUUUAUUUUUUUGUCGAGAUUGUCUCUUAAAUCGUUGCCGGUAACAUCUUAAUUCAAAAUUUUAUUUGAUAUCGUUAUUAAUUGUAUUGGUAGCUUGAAUCAUUAUUGCGAUCAACACAAUAAUGCAAUAUCAAAAGUGUGGCUAUUAUUUUAUAACGUACGCUAAUGUAUGAAUUAAUUUACUACAAAAUUGCACAAAUGUUUCACUUAUGACGCAUUAGUUACUUAGUUUGUAAUAUGUUAGCCAUAUAGGAUUAAUGGCCGCCAUAUUUAUCAUGUAUGUUUAUGACAUUUACUCGGAUAUUUUGCCAAAUGUUCCUUUCUUGCGCCAGUUAUAAUUUAAUUCUUUUGUCCCAUGGAGACCCAGUCUUUAAUUCUCGUCCCAUUCUAUUCCUAAUCAAAAACCUAAAUUUAAUAUUAAUUUUUCCACAGUUUGUAUUUAUAAUCUUAGGCCAAUAUACUCUCUUGAACGUAGCUAAGUCAAAUGUUUUUAGCCGUUGCAUUUUUUCUACUGAUUUGCACAGGCUAUAUUAAUAAUCUUCAGUCAGUUUAAUCUGUUGAAUCUUUUUGGAUAUAUAUCAUGAUUAUUUUCUAAACGCUCUAUUUAAAUAGUUGGUAAUUAUAUCCUACUACUGAUUUGCUCAUGUAAUAGAUUGCGAGCAGAUUAAAUUCAAUCAAGUUUAAUGAAUCGAAGUUCUUCCCAAGUUUCUUUUGCAUCAACAAAAAUGUUCCCCAGCUGAACGCCAUUGUCAGCUAGUCAAUAAUUUAACGAUAUUGAUUUUAGUUAUAAUUUAUUUAUAAGUUUUUACUUGAGGAUUUUGUUCUUAACUCCUCUGAACUUAUAAGUCAGGAUACACUCCUUGUAUUAAAAACUCAUUUUGUGAAGGCAGUAUUUAUGACAGUGGAGUUUACGGCCUCAGAGUUUCUCAAUUUAUUUUUAGUUACAAAUCACAAAUGGAUGUUGGUCUUUUCCAAAUAAUUAUGUGGUUAUUUUACUCGUGUUGUACAACAUCAAUUCAUCUUACUUUAUUGCUGCAAUAAAUAUUUAUAUAUCUACGUAUUAUAUAUAGGUAUCUAUCUGUAAUACUCGAGGUAUGACUGAAUUGUGAUUUAUUUCGUACAUCAGCAGGUGUUUCACUUGUAUGUGAAAUCUUGGCAUUAACUUACAUUUCUGUGCCUGUUAUUAUAUAAGACCCUAUCUUACUGUUCUCUUGAGGAUUAUGUUCUGCUACGUAAAUUCUGUGUUGGGUACACAAAUGUGAAUUUUCAGCAUCUCUGAUGAUGGUAACUUUGAUGGCACACAAAUAUAAGCAAUGCAUGGAUGUUUGUAAAACACAGGAAUGUAGGCAGCUACGUAGCUGAUCCGUCCUCUGUUCAAGUUAAUGUUAUUGAGCCGUUAUCCUAUGUGCUACAUUGCACCUCGAUGUAUGUGCCACGUAGGAGCUACUCGCGUGCUCGUUGCCGCCACGAAGGACGUAAACCAUAAAUGCGUCAUACGUAUAUUAUUAAUAUGAUUGUUUCUUUAUGGCAGCAUGUGCAUAUAGUAUCGUGUUAAGGAUAAACUAGACGUCCUUGAUUGUCUAACCCCUGGUAACAGUUGCCAGUGUGUGGGAACUCCACUUUCGUGUUAUUUCAGUUUCAUCCACUUUGAAAAAUCAAUGCCUCCUAUCGUCCGAAUAGUGACAUACUUUCUUACCCACGACAAGAGCACACAGUGGACUGAUACGCUUUCUGAUGCGCCCUUUUGCCGGGUCAAACUGGAAACAGACACAAGCGCAAAAGUGCUUCGUCUGUUUCCAGUCUGUAUGUCUGGAAACAGUAUGUCUGUCCAGUCUGUUUCAUUUCUAUGAAUGUAUGUUGUGUUGUAGGCCGACUGGCUGUGUCACCUCUACUCUGGCUUAAGGUAGUUAGUGUAAACAAGCUCCAGCUUGUAAUUCUCUGUACCUUAAAUCUAUUGCACAAAGAUUACUCCAAAGAUAUUUUUUCUAGUAGAUCGUUAGUGAUUGCGACUAUUGUAAUGGUUUCACUGUUGUGGGUAGCUAUUGAGACAAUACCUCUUGUGGGUGAGUGUCAGUUAUGGAUGAGUAUUGAGUUCCAGAGGAACUGUUAAUACAUGAGCUUGAAUUCUUGAGCCUAGCCGGUUGUCAUUUUUCGAUUGAAUUGUAGAGUCAAACGUAGAUAAGAUUUCAGUUCAACUUAGUGUAAAUAACUUCAUUGGAAGAAGUUACUUUUGACAUGUGCGACUUUAGUGCGUUCAUGGUGAUGAUCGCACCUAGUUAAACUCACUGAAUUGUAAGACAUGAACUCAGUUAUUACAGGUGAAUCAGCAUCGUACUUGAAAACAUUUUUUGAGUGGAUUAGACUAAGUAUAAGUUUGGUAUCUUCCUCACCGAUGUCAUUUUAAGAACCGUGAAAAAGGCCCCAUUGUCUUCAAUCAUUACACGCCUGUUAUUUUCAAUACUCGCCGUCACCAUUUUAUAUUCACGUAGAUUUCACUAUUUCCCUUGAAGGUAGAUUUGAACGCCCGAUAUCAUAUCUUCAUUUGUAAAUCAACUGACCGUCGCGAAGCUUGUUUUAAUUAGAUAGUCGGAUUACUAGAGUCAAUGACAGUUCUUAGUCAGCCGCCCGUUCUCGUAAUUAUUUCGGAGAAUUUAAACUUGUGCGAUGUGUAAUUAAUUUUUUAGUAUUUUAUACAUAUUCGUCUCUUAUUAUGUGGACAAAUUGCUUGAUAUUUUGGCUGAUAGAGUCGGCAUGGGCGUGAUAAUGUAAUUUAUCCAACAGAUGCGUUUAACACUUCAACUUUAUAAACGAAAUAUAACGUG